ACAACAGACUUAUUACAACAGCUUUUCUCCCUCCCACAUUGCUUUUGUCAGCAUUGCCAAUUCUGAAACCUAAGAUUGUUUUUCCUGUAACUCUGCCUGCACUGCCUUAUUGCUUCUCUUGCUGUGCAGUUGCUCUCUACCUUUCUCACUCUCUCACUGGGACCAUUGAUGCUACCUAUCUGCCUUUGGCCAUUGUAGGCAGCUUGUACUGCUACUCACAAUUGCCCAAUGAAAAUAUAUUAAAGGGGAGGGAGAAGAGUGAAACAAAAAUACAAAGCCAGAGAGAGCCCCUGCAGUAGGAGUGGAAGACAGAAGAGCAGGUGGAAGGGGUGAUGAGCAUGGCCAGUAAGUCCAGAGAUUUGCCUCGAGUUACCUUCCAGGCUCCAGAGAAGCCUGGGGAGGAAUCAUCCCACAAGAAACUGGGCAAGCUAACAGUUAAGUACAACCGCAAAGACCUUCAACGCUGGUUAGACCUGGAGGAAUGGAUUGAUGCCCAGUUGCAGGAGCUGUACCAAUACCAGCUGCAGGAGGAAGCAGACGCAGCAACCCCUGAACCAGAAAUUGACAUUGAAGAUCUUCUAGAGGUCUCCAACGAGGAACAGAAAUCAAAACUACAGGAAAUUCUUCAUGAGUGUUCCAGACCUACAGAGGACUUCAUUACGGAACUGCUCAGUCGACUGCAAGGUCUCAGGAAAAUCCCUCAAAGGAAAUGAUCCUAUCCAUCAUGAGAGACACCCCCCUUCCAUCCUGUAUCGCUCACAUGGAAGCGGGCGUCUCCCCAGGACAGAGAAUCAGAUUCACAUGAGAAGAUCAUUUUACAGUUUUUCUAGGACUUGGUGUUCUGAGAAGCAUCUUAGAUGUUUUUAGCAUCACAUUCCAGCUUCAUGUUCACAGGGAGGGGCUUGUGUGUAUCUUGCUGAUAUUUAAAGAGCUGUUACGUUAAGGGAGAGGGCAGAUCCCCUUUUCUUUUUCAUUCAUUUUCUUUUUGAAGGAACCUCUCCUUUGGCUGAGGCUUGGACAUAGCUCCCUUUGGAGCCAGUCAGGGCUGCUCCUGCUGCCCAGUGACAGAAGGGAGAAAGAAGGCAUUGGCUGUUAUCCACCCUUCACCAGGGACAGGGAGGUGCUAGUCCACUGUUCCCAGCCCCUGCCUGUGAACAGACCUCCUGGCUCUAGGCCAGCACAUGGACAAAGGGUCACUUCUUAUAUUUUUCUAAUCACUGUUUUUAUUAAUCAUCCCUCCCUGGUGGAAAGCUGGGCAGAAAAUACACUCCCUGGAGCUUUUCCUUCCAUCCUACUGUAUAUCCCACAGGUUGAUUAAUAUUUGUGGGGCAUAGGACUUUUUAAUGCGCUAGCAGCACCUCAAACGAAUACGAGGACCUGCAAGGGAUUUUUAAGGGACUGUCCAGCUGCCUGUGUAAGGGCAUUCUGAAAGAUGCUCAAUUUGUAUAUUAAAAUGCAUAGAAAUCCA